AUGCUAGGAUUGGGAAGGCCUCGAUUGAAAGCACGGCCGUCUCUGCUUGCUCUGAUUGACAGACCCGAGAGUCAAGUGUCGCCAGUGCCGUUAUUCAAGUUACCAUCAUCCGAGCUACCAUUGACUCCGACGUCUCCACCGCCCGAGCUGCCACCGCUUCCAGACUCGCCCGCUCCAUCCAGCUCGACCACAUCCAUCUCCUUGCCCACCCCACAGAUCACCUCCACGAUGGCUGCUAAGGAUACUCAGGAGCAUGGCUCCAUCUUCUCCAUUUCCGGCCCUGUCGUGGUGGCCGAGAAUAUGAUCGGCUGUGCCAUGUACGAGCUGUGUCAAGUCGGACAUGAUCUGCUGUCCGGUGAGAUUAUUCGAAUCGAUCAGGACAAGGCCACCAUUCAGGUCUACGAAGAAACCGCUGGUCUGACAGUCGGCGACCCUGUUACACGGACCGGCAAGCCCCUCUCCGUCGAACUCGGCCCUGGUUUGAUGGAGACGAUCUACGAUGGUAUUCAACGACCCCUCCGUGCCAUCGCCGAGAAGUCGGAGGGCAUCUAUAUUCCCCGUGGUAUCUCCGUCAAUGCGCUGGACCGCUCGAAGAAAUGGGACUACAAGCCCGCUGGCUUCAAGGUCGGUGACCACAUCACCGGUGGUGAUAUCUGGGGUACCGUAUUUGAGAACAGUCUGGUGAACGACCACAAAAUCCUCCUGCCCCCCCCCGCGCUCGCGAAGCUUCUGGAGGUCGAGUUUGAGGGCAAGAAGACCGAGUUUGGUCUGAUGCAGACCUGGCCCGUCCGUGUGCCUCGUCCCACUAGCGACAAGCUGUCCGCCGAUGCGCCCUUCAUUGUCGGUCAACGAGUGCUGGACGCUCUGUUCCCUAGUGUCCAGGGUGGCACCGUGUGUAUUCCCGGUGCUUUCGGAUGCGGUAAGACUGUCAUUUCCCAGUCUGUGUCCAAGUUCUCGAACAGUGAUAUCAUCGUCUACGUUGGUUGCGGUGAGCGUGGCAACGAGAUGGCUGAGGUUUUGAUGGAUUUCCCCGAGCUUUCCAUCAACGUUGAUGGCCGCAAGGAGCCCAUCAUGAAACGUACCUGCCUGAUCGCCAACACCUCGAACAUGCCCGUCGCUGCCCGUGAGGCCUCUAUCUACACUGGUAUCACCAUUGCCGAAUACUUCCGUGACCAGGGAAAGAACGUCGCCAUGAUGGCUGACUCCAGUUCUCGCUGGGCCGAGGCUCUGCGUGAGCUUUCGGGUCGUCUGGGAGAAAUGCCUGCUGAUCAGGGUUUCCCGGCCUACCUGGGUGCCAAGCUGGCCUCUUUCUACGAGCGUGCCGGUAAGACCAAUGCUCUGGGUAGCCCUGAGCGCAUAGGAAGUGUCAGUAUCGUCGGUGCUGUCAGCCCUCCUGGUGGUGAUUUCUCCGACCCUGUCACUAGCAGUACCCUGGGUAUUGUGCAAGUCUUCUGGGGUCUCGAUAAGAAGCUGGCCCAGCGGAAGCACUUCCCUUCGGUCAAUACUUCCAUGUCCUACAGCAAGUACAACGCCGUCCUGGACAAGUACUACGAGAAGCACAACCCCGACUUCCCUCGCCUGCGUGAUCAGAUCCGUGAACUGCUCUCCAAGUCCGAGGAUCUGGACCAGGUCGUUCAGUUGAUCGGUAAGGCGGCACUGGGUGACUCGGAUAAGAUUACGUUGGAUUUGGCCGCUAUGCUCAAGGAGGACUUCCUCCAGCAAAACGGAUACAGUGACUACGAUCAGUUCUGCCCGCUGUGGAAGACUGAGUAUAUGAUGAAGGCCUUCAUGGGCUACCACGACGAGGCCCAAAAGGCCAUCGCCCAGGGCCAGAGCUGGAACAAGGUCCGUGAUGCCACUACCGACCUGCAGAGUUCGCUACGGAGCAUGAAGUUCGAGGUCCCCGACGACGAGCAGGAGGUGUCGGCCAAGUACGAGAAGAUUCUGCAGUCCAUGACGGAGCGAUUUGCUUCGGUCUCGGAUGAGUAG